AUGGUAGAAAUUGAAAAAUACAUUCGGGCUGGUGAUAUGGCUCAGCAGAUGAAGGUAUGCGGAGAGGUGGCAGGAGAAGGCAGGACUUCCUGGGAUAUCAGGCUGCUGAGUGAAACUUGGCUUGGUGCAGAGGGCUCAGAGAUCAGGCAUCUGUUUUCCAAGGACAUGGAUGAUUUCUCUGUGGAAAACAACAUGGACUCUCAGCUCUCAAUCUUGGACAUCGAUACCCUGCCCCCACAGGUUCACGCCCAUAGGGAGGAGCCCCAGCUGAUGGCCACGCCCCCACCACAGCAUCCCUGCAUCUAUUUCCCCUGGGAGCUCAGCUCUGCUGAGGUGGGCGGGGCCCAAGGCCAGAUGGCAGGGCGUUGGCAGGAUGAAGUGACUUUUGAUGAUGUGCAUGUGAAAUUCACUGAGGAGGAGUGGAAUUUGCUGGAUCCUUCCCAGAAGAGUCUCUAUAAAAAUGUGAUGUUGGAAACCUACCUGAACCUCAAAGCUAUAGGCUAUAAUUGUGAAAAGUGUCAUCUUGAAGAACAUUGUCAAAAUAAUAGAAGUCAUGAAAGGCAUGUAAGAAGAUAUACUGGAGUGAAACCCUAUGAGUGUAAUAUAUGUGGUAAAGCCUUUACAAGAUGCAGAAAUCUCCAAUAUCAUAAAUCAACACAUACUGGAGAGAAUCCUUAUGUAUGCAAUCAAUGUGGGAAAACCUUUGCAUGUCACAGUACUUUCCAAUAUCAUAAAGUAACACAUACUGGAGAGAAACCUUAUGAAUGUAAUCAAUGUGGUAAAGCCUUUGCACGGCACAGUGUUCUCCAAUAUCAUAAAAGAACACAUACUGGAGAGAAACCAUAUGAAUGUAAUCAAUGUGGUAAAGCCUUUUCACAGCGCAGUCAUCUCCAAUAUCAUAAAAGAACACAUACUGGAGAGAAACCUUAUGAAUGUAAACAAUGUGGUAAAACAUUUGCAUGUCACAGUUCUCUCCAAUAUCAUAAAAGAACACAUACCGGAGAGAAACCUUAUGAAUGUAAUCAAUGUGGUAAAGCCUUUGCAAGACCCAGUGAUCUCCAAAGACAUAAAAGAACACAUACUGGAGAGAAACCUUAUGAAUGUAAUCAAUGUGGUAAAGCCUUUGCAAGACCCAGUCAUCUCCAAGUGCAUGUAAGAAGUCAUACUGGAGAGAAGCCAUAUGAAUGUAAUCAAUGUGGUAAAGUCUUAGCAAAUCUCAGUAAUCUACAAAGACAUAAAAGGAUACAUACUGGAGAGAAACCUUAUGAAUGUAAUCAAUGUGGUAGAGCCUUUGCAAGGCUGAGUUAUCUCCAAUGUCAUAAAAUAACACAUACUGGAGAGAAACCUUAUGAAUGUAAUCAAUGUGGUAAAGCCUUUGCAAGACUGAGUUAUCUCCAAUGUCAUAAAUUAACACAUACUGGAGAGAAACCUUAUGAAUGUAAUCAAUGUGAUAAAGCCUUUGCACAGCACAGUACUUUGCAAUAUCAUAAAAGGAAACAUACUGGAGAGAAACCUUAUGUAUGUAAUCAAUGUGAUAGAACCUUUGCAACAACCAGUCAUCUUAAAUAUCAUAAAAGAACACAUACUGGAGAGAAACCUUAUGCAUGCAAUCAAUGUGGUAAAGCCUUUUCAGGUCACAGUAGUCUGCAAACACAUAAAAGAACACAUACUGGAGAGAAACCUUAUGAAUGUGAUCAAUGUGAUAGAACCUUUACACAGCACAGUCAUCUCCAAUAUCAUAAAAGAACACAUACUGGAGAGAAACCUUAUGCAUGUAAUCAAUGUGGUAAAGCCUUUUCAGGUCACAGUAGUCUCCAAAUACAUAAAAAAACACAUACUGGAGAGAAACCUUAUGAAUGUAAUCAAUGUGGUAAAGCCUUUUCACAUUUGAGUAGUCUCCAAAGACAUAAAAGAACGCAUACUGGAGAGAAACCUUAUGAAUGU